CGCAAACUCAUUUUCCAGACAAGAGAAAAUCGGCCACCGCCACGAUGGAUUAACCGACCCGGUGGGUGCUUCUGUCAAGGAUUGCAGCCUUCUCCUCCCCCGACCCGACCCUCCCUUGUCUCCGCGAAGCCAGGAGCACCAGAUGGCCCAAACAGACCUGAUAGAGCGCCCCUCGCCCCUCUUCAGCCCCGAGAGAGAGAGGGGUAAAUACAACAACUGCCCUGGCGGAUUCCCGAUCCGACGCACACCAUCGUGCAAGGCAUGUCUCCCAAAUACGGUCAAUGGAUGUACGUACAUGUGUACGUAAGUGGUAAGUAUCUCGCAGAAAGCCCGGCCGCC